AUGGCCAAGAAGGCGGAGGAGAUGGCGGCCAAGGCCGCGAAGGCAACUGCCUUCGUGAACGCCAAGGCCUACUUGUUGAAUUAUGUCAGCAAGAUGGCCGAAGGCCAUCAAAAAGAGCUGUUGAAGGAGGCCCUUCGGGGUUUGGAUCUCUGGGGAGAGAUCCCCGCCCUCCAGCCCGCCAAGGACCAGCAGAUGACGGAGGAGACCGCCGGUCCCAAGGCCUAG